GUGGGCUUGUAGGUCCAAUGGGUGAACUACAUUUCCCGUGGGCCCUAUGCCCCGCUGGCCCACAGAGAUAUGUGCGCUUAGCCUCCUGGGAAUAGUAGUUUUGGCCGCGUGGAUGUGGGUAUGGCCUGAAUUGCCGGGAACUCUCCUUCCCAGCGACCUGUUUGGCAGGGCGGGGCGCCUCGCGAAGAUGGUGGCGCGCGCGGCGUGUGGCUUCUGUUGUUCGGCCAAGUCUCAGCGCGGCGCACUGGCUGGUGUCUCGCUGGCCUGGAGCCCCCCCCGCCGGGUCCCUGACCCUCUUCCCCCUGCGCUCCCUGCGCUCAGUUCCCGGCAUGCCUCGCGCCCGUAAGGGCCAUGCGCCCCGCAAGGGCAGCCGUCGCCGUGGAGGAGGUGUCCAGAGCAGUGCCAAAGCUGACUCAGGUUCCAGUGAGGAUGAGGCAGCCAGUGAGGCCCGUAGCAUCACCAGUGAAUGCCCUAGCCUUCUCAGUACCACUGCAGAGGACAGCCUUGGGGGGGAUGUCGUGGAUGAGCAGGGCCAGCAAGAAGACCUCGAGGAAAAGCUGAAGGAGUAUGUGGACUGCCUCACAGACAAGAGUGCCAAGACCCGGCAAGGUGCUCUGGAGAGCUUGCGCCUGGCCCUGGCAUCCCACCUAGUCCCGGACUUCUUGCUAGAGCGCCUUCUCACACUGGCUGAUGCCCUGGAAAAGUGCCUGAAGAAAGGGAAGGGUGAGGAACAGGCCCUGGCUGCUGCCAUCCUAGGCCUGGUCUGUGUACAGCUGGGCCCUGGACCCAAAGGUGAAGAGGUAUUCCACAGCCUGCAGCCUCUGCUAGUCUCUGUACUCAGUGACAGCACAGCUACCCCUGCUGCCCGGCUCCAUUGUGCUUCUGCUCUUGGCUUGAGCUGCUACGUGGCUGCCACUGACAUCCAGGACCUGGUCUCUUGUCUUACCUGCUUAGAAAGUGUUUUUAGCCGGUCCCGUGUUGGCUCCACAGUCCCAGUGGUACCUACCAGUUUGCAUGGCUUGCUCUGUGCUGCCCUGCAGGCGUGGGCAUUGCUGCUUACCAUUUGCCCCAGCACCCACAUCAGCCACAUUCUUGACAGGCAGCUGCCCCAGCUGCCCCAGCUCUUAUCCAGUGAAAGUGUGAACCUGCGAAUCGCUGCUGGUGAAACUAUCGCACUGCUCUUUGAGCUCGCCCGCGACCUUGAGGAGGACUUUGUUUAUGAGGACAUGGAGGCUCUUUGCAGUACCCUGCGCACUUUGGCCACUGAUAGCAACAAGUACCGUGCUAAGGCUGACCGCCGGCGCCAGCGCUCUACUUUCCGAGCUGUGCUGCACUAUGUUGAGGGUGGUGAGUGCGAGGAAGAGACAGUCCGCUUUGGGCUUGAGGUGCUCUACAUGGACAGCUGGGCUCGGCAUCGGAUCUAUGCUGCCUUCAAGGAAGUGCUGGGUUCGGGCAUGCGCCACCACCUCCAGAAUAAUGAGCUGCUCCGUGACAUCUUUGGCCUGGGUCCAGUGCUGGUGUUAGAUGCUGCUGCACUGAAGGCCUGCAAAAUUCCACGAUUUGAGAAGCACCUGUACAAUGCUGCUGCCUUCAAAGCCCGGACCAAGGCUCGAAGCCGUGUGCGGGACAAGCGGGCAGACCUCCUGUAAAGCAGGACUAGCUAAAGAGAAGAUUAGCCACACCCUUGCCCAUAUUUUUAACAGAAGACAGUGCAACACUUGGUCUUUGCCAGUAAUUGUCACUUUAUUUUUUUAAUACCCAAACCAAAAACAGAUAUGGAGUGGGUGCCGGGGCCCGGACACUUGGGACCCUGGCCUUUUGUCCCUGCGUUGAGCCCUGUGGCCUCUUCUGUCCUGUCUUAGGCCAGGCCAAAUGUGUCUCGGGGUUGUGGGGCAGACAGUAGGGGGACUGUCCCUUCCUCUUCUUUCUCAGGCCUUGCUCCCCUGGAAUGACCCACUUUCUUGGGAGAGAUGACAUCUAGACAAAUGCUACCACAGCAGGUGGGGAGGCAAAGCUACCUGGAAUGGAUUUGUGUGCUGAUUUUUAACUAGAGAUAAUUAAACAGAAUGCUCAGGCUUCUGUGUUUUU